UUAUAAUCAAAAUGGAAGGACGACGAUCAAGAAAUCGAAAAUAAGAAUAAUAUCAUUAUUUUAAACAGAUUUAUACAGAUUAUUAACACAAUGACAGACAUGGAGAGUGGGUCUUCAUCUCAUUUGAACAGCCUACCAUCAGAUUUUUCUGAUGUUCAACCCAAGACAUAUGACCCAAAUUUCAUCUCCCAAAUUAGCAGUAGAAUGCAGAUUCCAGACAGGCUAAAUGCUGUUGAGGGAGCUCCUGAUUCAAGGCAGUAUAAUUAUCCCACUCAGAUGGCUGCUGUCAGUAUGCAGGUUCCUGACACUAUUAGUUUACAUGGAAAUACUCCAGGUCGUGACAAGUUAGAAAGAUUUGAUUUUGGAGGAAGAGGAGAUAUGAAUUAUGUAGGACUACUAACGCCACCUAGGACACUCACAAUGGAAGAAGCUUUUCCAGAAAAUUCAAUGACAGACAAUGCUGAGGAAACUGUUCAAAGACCUACACAUACUUCUUUACCCAAUGGAGAUACCCGUGGCCCAGUAAUGUUUACACCAGGAGCUUCACUUAGUGACUCACUGUUAAUCACUGAAGAGGAUGACGCAACCCAGAUACGUACACAGGUGGCCAAACUGUCCAGACGUCUGGCCAGUCUAGAACAGGAAAACCAGAGACGGAGUACCAGAGAAGUGAUUCUACACCUACCAGUCAUUAUAUACUUGUGUGCAAAAAUAUAUUCUUGGCUAUUCAGAUCGAAAUGAAGCAGUGUUGAGAAAAAAUUCAAAUAUGCCUGGUCACAGAAAGGAUAUUUAUAACAUUACAUUUACAUUUUUAAGAGAAUUAAAUGAAUAAGGCCUUUUAAUAUUCUGUAUAUUAUAAGAUGAAAUUUAAAUUAAGCCCAGUCACUUAAAGGUUAUUUAUUACAUUACAUUUGCAUUUUUUAGAGCAUUAAAUUAAUAAUCCUUUUUUAACUUGUAUAUAUUAAUAAGUAAAAUAUACAAAAUGGUUUGCCUGGUCAUAUGAGGGCUAUUUCAUUUGAAUCUAAUGGACCAAGCCUUUGUGUUAUCUAUAUAUGUAUUUUAAAUACUGUUAAUUCUGAAAGUAUUGCAUGCAUUUUUUAAUGCGAUUUCGACAUGACAGAACAAAAUGAGACAAUAAUUAUCGUGAUUACAGGAAAAACUGCAUACAAAUAUAUGUGUCAGAUAUCAGAAUGCUAGUUCUUAUUAUUGCGAUAAUCACCCAGUCACAAUUUUUUCGCUAAAAUAAAAAUCUCACAAUAAUUUCUGAAUUUACAGUAUAUGUUAUUUCAUAAUUUUUACUGCUAAAACAAUUCUUACAACUUAAAAAUUUAUCAGACUUUAAAAUCAAAAUGAAAUAAUCCUAGAAUUUAUCACUGUACAGUUGACCUAUUUAAUCAUAUUUUUAGAUUUAUAUUGACUAUUUCAGUUCUUUGUAGCUCAGCAAUCCAGGGAUGACAUUCAAGUCCUUGAUAAAGCUUUUUUUUUAUAAUUAAGAAAUUUCUUUUGUAAAUCAUGUGUUAAUUGAAGUGGAAUUGUACACUAGUGCUUGACCAGAAUUCCUCAUUGUAGUUACUAGUAACUAGUACUUAUCAUGCAUUGUAUAAAUUGCUUUUGCAUGCAAAUCACUCAAUCAGUAAAAUAUAAACAGAUUCAUACUAUUUGAAAUAACACACACAUUAUUGUUUUUAUUUAGGUCAUGUAGGUGUGAAUAUGUAAGGAAGGCCGUUCUUUUGAAAAGAUGCUGUCUGGUUUAGCUUUGUUAAAAAAAAUAAAUUUAUUCAAAUCUUAAGAUUGACAUAUUCAUAUAUGCAGUCAGUAGUAACAAAAUCUUUUUUUCACUUUUCUUUUUUAAAGUACUAGUAUGUUUAUGCCAGCGUUUCUUAUUCAGGACCUUUUAAUUUUAAAAACUAUCAAGUUUAGAUUUGAAAAAUAGAGGUACUGAGAAACAUCAAAAAAAGCUGAGGCUAAUUGACAAAUAAAAAAAUCAAAAAAAUGUAAAUACAUACAUUGCUGAAAGUAACUGGUAUUGCAUGCUUUGACCUGUCAAUACACCUUAUCGCUAUUUACUCCAAUCCGGAUAAGUUCUGUAAUUACACAACUUUUACAUCCAGUUGAUCUAUCUAGGGCCCUGUUUAAACUGUGUAUUGUGCAUAAAACUUUUCAAAGAGAAAUGUUUAAACCAUCGUAAACACAUGAAACACUUCAAACAAAGAAUUUUUAUGAUUUUAAUUUGUGUUUUAAAAAAGUGGAUCAAUAUCUAUCAUAGUUUCAAAAUGUCUGCUUUCUAAACAUUUUCCUUCCUGAGCUUGUUACUGAUGGCCUUUGUAGUUGCAAUUCUUGAACCAAACAGGAAGUUGUCUAAAUGACUGCUUUUUCAGGAUUCGACCAAAUAGCGAUAAGGAGUAUAGUAUUGUACAUGUUCUAUGUAUAACAUACGACAACUAUCCAGGAUUUGAGUAUUUUUUGCAUGUUUGAUAUUUUUCGCUUUUCGUAUGUUCUUGCAAACUCAUCAUAUAAUCAGGACCCUUUAUACAUCACACAAUUUUACUUCAGUACAUUUUUUUAAUGUCGUAGUUUUCAUUUGGUUCAACAAAAUGCACAUUUUGUUUUGAUUUAUCUUAAAAAAUUAAUCAACUGUCGGACAGUUAAAAUUGAAUGCCUUCCAUAUCAAUUUCAAAAAGCAUGCUUUUGUAAAUAAAUGAAAUCGGCCUGUCUAUCUAUGUAUUUUUGUUUUGAUACAAUAUUGAUUCCUGACAUUAUGUCAUACAUUGCAAUACAUUAGUAUGAGGUAUAAUCAGUGUUAUUUCUUUGCUCAGUUGUUGUUUUUUAACGAAAAAAAAUUAAUAAAAAAUGUAUAAUAA